UCCUCUUCAGGAGAUAGCAGCCUGUCAUCAUGGCUCAAGCAUUUGUGAACAGCAAAAUCCAGCCUGGGAAGGUGGUUGUGUUCAUCAUACCCACCUGCCCCUACUGCAGAAGGGCCCAGGAGCUCCUCAGCCAACUGCCCUUCAAACAAGGGCUUUUGGAACUUGAUAUCACAGCCCACGGUGACACCAACGAUAUUCAAGAGUAUUUGCAACAGCUCACAGGAGCCAGAACGGUACCUCGGGUCUUCAUCGGUAAAGAGUGCAUAGGUGGAUGCAGUGAUCUAGUAAAUAUGCAUGAGAAAGGGGAGCUGUUGACACGGCUAAAGCAAAUUAGAGCUCUGCAAUAAUUAUAGAGCAGACCCCAGGCUGAUAUCCCCCUUGAGACCUGGAUGGCGUUGCAGAUAAUGACAGCACUUCCUGGUGAACGGACCUGGGGCUAUAUUUACACAGCUACAGCAACUGUUUACUUAAAAUUUUGAAAUAUGUUAAU